GCUGCUGCCACGAGCAGCUCGGGAGUCGAGGCUGAAAACAUUCACCCAUUGAUGGACACUAAUAUAGGCUCUUUUCUCUCCAUCUCUUUGCAGGCACAUGCUGGCAAGUACUGAGAGCAACAACAAUCUCACUGACAUUGACGGCACGCAAAGGAGUCUCAGAAAUCCCCCCUGUAGCAUCACAAGCGCCAGUAGCAACCACGCUGAGAGGACCGCCGCCAAUAGGCAGCCUUUCUCGCAUCGUUACCCAAGGACAGCAACGUCAACAUGGGCUGCUCCUCAGGCCGCCAACCCCCAGCCCCGGUUCUCCACCCGGACCUGGACUGCGGCAACGGCAGCGAGGCCAACACUUUACCCCAGGACUCUGAGAACCAGGGUUUGAAUGGCUGUGGAGAAGGGGAAGUCGGGAGAGACCCGGCAAAACCUCCAGAGUCUCUACCCACGCUGGAGAGACUUGCCCAGGCUACAGGCGGGACAGAAAAGUCCUGGUAUCGCUGCGUGUUCCCCUUCGGAGUGAUCUCACUAGUGAUCGGCAUGGCCGGCACCGGGGUGACGUUCACUUUUAACACGCUGCUCCAGACCAAAGUGGUGUCAGUGGCACUGCUGUGUGCCGGUGUGGUGAUGCUGCUCGUGGCGGCCGUUUGCUGGAGGGCUCACAGACUGAGGAAGAGGGCAAAGAAGGAGUGCGGAUUCUUCACCGCUGAUCAGGGCACUUUGUGAUGGAGGGCAGGCGUCUGGUCAGAUCCUUGUUUGUCAGGAUAGAGCACUGCAAGUCGGACUUUUUGAAUGAGAACUGAAUAAGAAGAUUGAGAUGCAGGGACAUCCAUGCUUUUCUUCUAUGCACGAGGGAAGAGAGGGUAAAACAGUUGAAUGAUAUUGGAAACACUGUACCAGGGAAAUUAUGUGACAGUGCUGACAGGAAGACAUAUAUUCAUUCAGAAAAGUCCAGUUAAGCAUCAUCACCACGCUGAGCAGUUACACAGGGUAAAGCAUUCGACACUCUCAAAACUUUUCCUCUCCUGUUCUUUCUCUUUCUUUCUUUAUUAUGGAUUUACUGGGAGCAACACUAUAGAUCAAUACUUCAAGACUGGCAGGGAAAUACGUGAGAAAAAGGCACCCUUAGGAGUAGUUAUUUAACACAUCCUGGUCCUCUAUCUGCAGCUUGACAGUGCAUAGUCUAACUAAAGAGUCAUCUUUGUGGAAUACAGGGUGUUAUCUAUGAACAGAUAUGCCUGACAGUAAGAUCUGAAUCACUAUAAGUUAAUAGUCUUAAAGAGGUUUUUGCUAUCAAGAGAAAAAUAAUAGGAGCUUACAAGUUUUCCACUUUGAAGGGGCAGUCCAUACACAAAUAAAAAAAUGCAUAUUUUGUCUCUU